AUGUCAUUCGCUCAGAUGAUAGCUAUGCAAAAUGAUCGGAUUAAAAGUGCGCGAUUAAAAACUGUUAUAAAACGAUUUCUUCGUUUAUCAAAUUUAAAAAAUGUACAUCGUCAAAUGAAAACAAUUAUUGUUGGUGAUCAAGUCGCAAGUAAACGUGUACAAAUUUUAUUAAAAUAUGAUACUAGUCGAUAUCAUAAAUUAACUGUUGACUUGCAAAUUAAUUCUGUUAUUAUUCAAUCGAAAAUGAUAUAA